AACGUCUGCGGUGUUCUCGAGCAACCACUGUCAACUCGAGAAGAACAAUAAUUAAUUACGGUUUGAGUUCAUCAGCAUGGGUCGCUUCCUGACGACGACGGCGUUGGCUCUUCUCGCAACGGGUGGGGCAGCUACCGCGAGACCUAUCAGGGCUUGUGACGUCUCUACCAAGUACCUUAUCACUUUCGGCGACUCGUACUCCCAGACCGGUUUCGACGUCACGGGCACCAAGCCGUCGGCGAGCAACCCGCUCGGCAACCCUCCGCUACCCGGGUGGACGGCCAGCGGCGGGCUGAACUGGGUCGGCUUCCUGGUCUCCGAGUUCAACACGUCGACGACGCUGUCGUACAACUUUGCCUACGGCGGCGCCACGACCAACGCCACCAUCGUGCCGCCCUACCAGCCGACGGUGCUCAGCUUCAUCGACCAGGUUGCCCAGUUCAGCGGCAGCAUCGCGAGGAAGCCAGACUAUGCGCCGUGGAACGCCGACAAUGCACUCUUUGGCGUCUGGAUCGGUGUCAACGAUGUGGGCAACGUCUGGUGGGAUCCCAACUAUGACUCGCUCCUCGAGCAGAUCAUGGAGAGCUACUUCGGUCAGCUUCAGAUUCUUUACGACGCCGGAGCCAGGAACUUUGUCCUUCUCAGCGUGCCGCCCAUCCAGCGGACGCCGGCGGUGCUGCUCAACAACUCGCCCGAGAACCAGAAGGCCGAGGCGCUCGCGGUCGAUAAGUACAACGAAGCCCUCGCGGCCAACCUCGAGGCCUUCACGGACAAGAACGGCGGCAUCACGGCCAAGAUUGUCGACACGGGUGUGCCCUUCAACACUGCCCUCGACAACCCUACCGACUACGGCGCCCCCGACGCCACCUGCUACAACAGCGACGGCAAGUCCUGCCUAUGGUUCAACGACUACCACCCCGGCAUCGAGAUCAACAGGCUGGUCGCCCAGGCGGUCGCCGAUGCCUGGAAGGGCAGCUUUUUCUGAUGAUUGAACCGGUGCCUCCGAGCUCCGAGGUCGCGGGGUCUUUGAGGUUUCUUUGAAGCUCGGGGUGACACGACAAU